CACAACCCCCGCCCUCUUACUCUUAGGCCCUUCACUGCUGUCGCAACAUACCUGCACCUAUAUUUUUCGUGCAUGUGAUUUUCGGUGAAUGCUGAGUUAAAUACUUCAUUUCUGGGUUGUUGAACCACGAACGGUUCAUAUGGUCUCAUAACCUUGCCCAUAUACAUACCCUAUGGUGACUAGCACAAUUGCGGAUUUCCUUGAGGCCGCAAAUCAGGGGCGUUUAUCUCCCAAAUGCUUUUUAGAGGGCUGUAUCGAAAUUGGAAAAGAGACCAACGGCCCGACAGAAGACCAACUACAACCAACGCACUUGGACAAUGAGCUAAUUUCCAGCGCGGUCCCUACUUUUUCCACUCUCAUUUCUCGCCUGAACCAGAGACAGGUCCUGCCAAAAUACGUCUUGAAUGUUCGUUUUCCCUAUACCACGACAGAAAUUAAACCGGAAUUCAAGACCGCAGUGACCCAGCUUUCCAUUUACUGUGCCCUACAGUCACUGGUACGGUUCCUAGAAGACCCCGAUGGCCCUGAGCCUGUGCAAUUCACAUCUGAAAUCCUCGCGGCAAUGCACUUCUCUUACAGCACGCCUUCCAGCCAUGAUACUCUUAUCCAGAUAGAUAGGCCUGAGACACAACCAUCUUCUUCCGCCAUUGACUCAACACAUACUCCAGACGGACCAUUUCGGGAAUCUCCUAUAUCACCUGGAAGCGAGGCAGUGGAAAGUUCGCUAGGCGCGAUCGCCGAGAAUAUUCUACAGACUAAGGAACGACCACAAAACAAUGGCUUGAGUCAAUAUGGUCGUGCCUUGGACAGAUGGAACGCCUUGCUCGAUGCCAAUCUCGACUAUAUUUCCAACAUCAAAACCAGUUCUUCUAUUCUAUCAAUCGUCGAAGUCAAAUCGCUCCGAAUUCUGUUAGAGUGGCAGAACGGCAAAAUUUUCGGCACGUCUAUUCCGACCCGAUUUCUCAACGACGUUCACACAGCAGCUGUCGAAGGACGCGAAGAGGGACUGCUUGAUGUUGGGAAACCGCCAAUAUCGAUCAAGAACAUUGAUCUGUUUUGGUUCUACCACUACCCUUUCAUUAAACUAUGGCUAGCAGAGUUCUAUUUGAUAUCGAUACCGACUGCCGCCUCAGAGCGAACUGCCCUCAAUAGGUAUAGACAGGAGGCUUGUAUCGUGGCAGCAACCGAGCGAGUAUCCAGAGCAGUGUACUACGAGCUUUGUCAAGAUAUUGGGGUCGAGGUUGAUCCAUCUUUGUAUGAGAAUGGCUCGGGCGCAUCGACUGAAAAGAGUGGUAUUCUUGGAGAUAUUGAAGACCGCGGAUUCGUCAUCUACGAGAACAUUGCACCAACUCCCGGUUAUAACACUAUCCGAAAGGCCCCUUUCUUUCCUUAUACCUUACCUCAGACAAUUUCAGCAACGAGUCUAUCCAGCAAUGUAUUCCCGAACUUCUCCAUCGAAAUUGCGAUCCCUCCAGAAAAUGCUGAUCUUGGUGCCAUGGUCGCUUCCUGUCCGUGGCUGGCAGUGACAGACGUCCAGAAUGAUCUGCCACAUUUUCUAUGGGACCGAAAGAACAAACGCACUGUUGUUGCACGGGACCUCUCGGGCUCCAUCCAAUACACAGCUAUUAGCCACACAUGGGGACGUUGGCGCAAGAAAACCCCAGGAUUAUGGCUACCGGGCGUACAACAUUGGCAAAUCCCAGAAAAUACGAAAUUCGAGGUCGCCGAUCUGCCUGAUAUGCUUACAAAUGUCCCCACGGGUACUGAAUAUAUUUGGUUCGAUCUCCUCUGUAUUCCGCAAGAUCCUCGCACUCCGGACCAUCCCCAGGAGCAAUGGUUAAAGGACAUAGCCAAGCGCGAAAUAGGCCGGCAAGCCCAGAUUUUCCGGCGGGCGAAGGUCGCUAUAGCGUGGCUCAAUGAUAUCGAGAACUGGGAUGGGAUGCGCGCAGUAAUCAGCCGAAUUGGGCUGCAAAGACGAGGUGUGCAAAUUUCCGAUCGCUUGGUAGACUAUCUUAAAGGAGUCGCCCAUCUGCCAAUUGAGCUUGGUGGUUUUCGCACCAGAGAGCAGGUAUUAGGUCUCCCUCCACUUUAUCAUCAAGUACUUCUGGAAGACGGGAGUAGGGUGUGGCAACCAAAUCUUUAUGCCCCAUCUGAAGACAUCUAUAUGGCAGCAAAUCUGAGCAGGUUAAUGGAAGACUCUACUACAAACGGCCAGGAAGAUCCUUCGGCAAAGGAGGAAAUGGAAGAUCCUUUCAAGGAGUACGUCACACCGUUGGAGGCCUGCGAGCAAAUGUUCUUCACCCAAAAAGACGCUUGGGACGAAAUGAACCCAUGGUUCUCUUCCCUCUGGACGCUGCAGGAGGUAUGCGUCUGCCCACAAAUGCGGAUGUGCACCAAAGGAUGGGAUUUGUUGGAAGUAGGGCCGCGAGGAGCAAAGCUGCCGAUUGGGUUCGAUGAUCUUGUUGCACUAAGUGAAGCCCCCUCGCAGCACCUCGAUGGGGAGUUCGAUAAAAAGGUCGGCUUUGUGGCAGAUGGGAUACCCGCCCUGAGUAGGCUCCUGCAACAGACGGGCUUGCAGAACCUCUUACAUGCAGAUAGAUCUACUAUCUUGGCUUUCGGGAAUCAAAGGUAUUGCCAGGAGAAUCGUGCAGAGGCCAUCAUGUCUGCGAUCGGUGUCACGGAGUGGUUCAAACAGAAAUCUUUUUCGAAAGCCGAAUCUCUGGACUCAAAGCAAACACAAGAACCAACAGAUCAUGACCCGAUGGACGACUUCCAGACGAGCGAAUAUCCUGAGGCUUUCCUCACCGAGGCGGCGACCAAACUCGGAGCGCUUUUCUACGCUUCUAACUUAGCCGAUAACGAACUGAUGCUGCUUCUCUGGCAGCUCAACUCCUCGUCAAGAGCAGUUGAAAAUGGCCUCGGCAGCAUGUUUCCUUUCGCUUCGAGAUCAAAAGUGCGCAACCAUAGGCUUGGUGUCAUGGGCGAUGCGGUCACUGAUCAUCCCUCAGUCAAGAGCUGGCGAGUAUGCAAACGCUGCGUGUAUAUCCGUGAAGCGGGAAUCAUCUCCUAUACGGGACAGAUACAAAGGCAGGCAGGGAGGGGCAAUGUCUGUGUGAUAAAUGGGCCUUUCCUUGGAGAUGCACAAGGGCUGACGACUGUGGAUCAUGGCACAAACUUGGAUAUGUGGGUUGAUCGCUUCCUCCCCGCGACGAAAAAUUAUGCAGUCUGCUUAGUCACUGCUAACUGGGGAUUCUAUGGCAUUUUGUUGAAAGAGCUUUCGUGUGGAAGUCUUAUCAAGGUUGGAACAUUUACACUUUUCACGGAAGGCGAAAUCGAGGUCGGGCGGUACUCUGUUGAUUGGAGAGUAUUGUAG